UUGAAAAUAAUUUUCCUCAAAACUCUGUGUUGUGUUUCUUGUACCUAUUUUAACAGAAUUAGGACAGUUAGGUAGAUGUUAGUGCUCUAACAAUUCAUAUUGCUUAAUUUUUUUUAUGUGGAUUUUGCUAAUUACGCCUUAGCAGCUGUUUUAUUUAAUAAAAAGUGUUCAUAAAUAUCUAACAGAACAUUUCCGUGACUAUAAAAAUUAUUAAAUUAUAUAGUUCAGCUGAACUUUGUGUUCUCAGGGAUUUACAACUAUCGCAAACUAUAAUUUGUUAUCUACAUAAUUAACAUGAUUAAGAAUUUGUAAUUUUUGAUUGAUCCAUAAAGAUUUUAGUUUCUGAUAAAUAAUUACAGUCUAAUCAUGAGUGAGCGACCACAACCAUUGAAAGCCAUCAAUAAGUUCUUUGAUGGUAAAGAACCAUGGCAAAUAGUGACUCUAACUGCAUCUUCAGUAUUAGCACUUGUCUGGGCACACAGUCUUUAUAAUGGAAAAGAAACGCCUACCACAAGACUAAGAAAAGAAUUUUUCCGAUGGCUUCGUCAAGUCCCAAUAGUGAGAAGAAAAAUCGAAGAGAAAAUGGCAGAAAUACAGAAAGAUUUUAAAAAAGACGUAGCAAAGCGUUUGGCGGGUGUUCCUAUAAAUAGAUACCUACCAGAAAAUGGACUGCCUUCAGAAAGGGUUGCUGAAGAGAUUAGGGAUCACUUGAGUUUGGGCACAUACGACUGGAAGGGCGGCAACGUAUCGGGCGCGGUGUACCACACGAACGAGGACAUCUGCCGCGUGGCGUGCGACGCGUACGCUCUCACUGCGUAUACGAACCCGCUGCAUGCGGAUGUGUUCCCGGGCGUUAACAAAAUGGAGGCGGAGAUUGUGCGCAUGGCGGCUAAUCUGUUUCAUGGAGAUGACGAGUGCUGUGGCACGGUUACUACCGGUGGAACAGAAUCUAUAAUGAUGGCCUGCAAAGCGUUCCGCGAUUUGGCAUACAACAAUGGUAUAUCAAAUCCACAAAUGGUAUUACCCACGACAGCACACACUGCGUUCGAUAAAGCUGCCCAGUAUUUGGGGAUAUCAGUCGUCACAGUGCCAGUAAAUUCUGAGACGCUGACCGUUGAUGUGAACGCUGUGAAAAAGGCUAUUGGGAGAAGGACUUGUAUGAUCGUAGGCUCCGCCCCGAACUUUCCGUACGGCACGAUGGACGACAUACAAGCAUUAUCCGACAUCGCGCUGGAGUACGGCGUGCCGCUGCACGUGGACGCGUGUCUCGGCGGCUUCGUGGCGGCCUUCAUGCCGGCCGCCGGGUACCCCGUGCCCGUGUUCGACUUCCGCCUGCCCGGAGUGGCUAGCAUGUCCGCUGAUACGCAUAAGUACGGAUUUGCGCCAAAAGGCACAUCGGUAGUGUUGUAUCGCCGACCAGAGUAUCGUCACUGCCAGUAUACUGUGACUACAGACUGGCCCGGCGGUGUUUAUGGCUCUCCUACUGUUAAUGGCAGUCGAGCUGGAGGUUUAAUAGCAGCGUGCUGGGCGACCAUGAUGUACAUCGGCCGCGAGCGGUAUGUGCGCAUGACGGCAGACAUCUUGGCUACCACCACGUACAUCGAGGCUGAGUUACGCAAAGUGAAAGGCAUCUACAUAUUCGGCAAGCCGGCGACCACCGUGAUUGCGUUUGGCUCUAAGGAGUUCGACAUUUUCACAAUGGCCGAACUUUUGCACAAGAAAGGGUGGAGUUUGAAUGCGCUGCAAUUUCCUUCUGGCAUCCACAUCUGCGUGACGCACGCACACACGGCUGCGGGCGUGGCGGAGCGGUUCGUGCGUGACGUCACGGAGGCGGCCGCGGAGUGUCGCCGCAGUGGGGCGGCGCCGGUUGGCGGGAAGAUGGCAAUCUACGGAGUAGCGCAAAGCAUUUCCGACCGAAGCCUCGUGUCCGACAUAACGAAGCAUUUCAUAGAUUCCAUGUACUAUUUGCCAAAACCCGAAGAUUUAGAAAAAUAAAUGUUCUUAUAAUAUAGAGUACUAGUGUACAUUGUUUACGCAUAAUAUAUUGCUUUAAUUUGUAAAAAUAUUGAGAAAUAAUUUUUAUUCUAUAAGUA